AUGGAGUUCAUAUCUCCUACGACCUUGUCAAAUGUCCAAGUCGUGUUUUAUGUGAACGCCGGAUUCCUGACUCUUCUGGUUUACGAUAUUCUGCUCAAGCUCUCAGACGAGUAUCUGUACAUUUGGAAAUCCAGAUGGACUGUCGUCAAAGUCAUCUACUUCUGGAGUCGAUACUCGAUGUUACUCCCUCCCAUCAUUUCCACAUUCAACUCCUCCAAUCAUUUAGCACCUUGCGACAGUAUCUCUAGAUUCACAACGACUUUCGGCGGAUUCAGCAUCGGACUGACAGAAGUCGUCUUGAUGGUCCGAACGUACACACUAUACGAGCGAUCCAGAAGGUUGCUGGCCUUCUUUUCUCUGAUGUGGCUCGCCGUUGGAGUCGCCUCGUUUUGGGCUGUCACAACGUGGACUUCGGCAUGGAAGGGCGUGAACGACGAGUCUGCUGCCUGUUAUCUAGCGGCGCUCAGCACCUCUGGAAAGGUCUGUUAUCUGUCUUUGCUCGUGGGCGAGUCAAUAAUAGCGCUAUUGACCGCGUGGAAAGUUUUCCGCCGCUUCUCUCGAGACAAAUGGGGUUUAUGGAAAAGCCUGAAUGACGAAGGGCUUUGGUUCUACCUAUGUCUGCUACCGUUCACCGUCAAUGUGGUGGUCUGCUUGAUCAAGGCUCCAUCUGGACUCGGUUACCUCGGCGACACACCGAAUAUGGUCAUGCAUUCCAUUCUGACGUGCAGACUUUUGAUCCAUGCUCGCCACGUUGCAGCCAAACAGAGUCAGCGCGCUCUGCCAACGAACAAUCUUCGACUCAUGCGCCGGCCUGGUGCCAUGGCCCCAGAUUAUGUUAUAGACAUCAGCGCGAAAAAUAACAUACAGCAAGGAACACUUCUUGGACUACGACCGCCGCCCCAAUCCCAGGCUCUCCCGCCCACCGCCGAGAGCGUGCAGAUCGGGUCCCGCUGGCUCGACGCCCUAGUGCCCCCGCCGGACAAGACCGCGAAGCCAAUCUCGCCCCAUGCGGGGGAGCUGAUGGCGCGCGUGCUCGGAUCCUACACGCGCUGCAUGCUGCACGACGACCCGGACGCGCUCCCUCCGAUCAUCCAUCCGUACCAAGCGCACGGGGCGCUGCAGCCGGCGUUGGCAUACUGCCGGAGCUUGCUGAGGAUGUGGGAGUCCCGGGCGCCCGGCAGCGAGGGAUUGGUGCGGGACACGAUCAAGCGUGAAAUGGGGCGGCUGCAUUCUGAGUUUCGAACCUAUGACCACAUCACGCUGCUGGGCGCGUGCCAGGCGUUCCUGUUGUACUGCAUCUUCUUCUUUCUCUCGCCAGACGAGCAGAACUCGUUCUGUGUCGACACGGCGACGAUCAUCCAGCUGCAGGACCUCGAGGCUGCGCUGUCGCUGACGGGCCUGCAGCCCGACAGUUCUGCUGCGCCGCCGCGAUGGGAGGAGUGGAUCGCCGGCGAGGCAAAGCGGCGGACGCUCUACACGAUGUACAUGUUCGACAAUGUGUUCAACUACCGGCAUGGCACAACAUCUUUCGUCGCGACGGAGCUGGCGACGUUGCCUGUGCCCGGCCGCAAAGCGCUGUGGACUGCCCGAUCCGCGGCCGAAUGGGACAAAGAGUACCGUCGGUCUGCUGCAAACAGCGGCUCACCUGUUCUGCAAGAUCUUUGGCCGGACGAGGACGCCCAAGUGGCACAGCAGCGAAGGCAGCGGAUCGACGAGUGGUUAGCCACCGUGGAUGAAUUUGGCAUGUUUCUCUUCACUGUCACGAACGCGAUCUAUGGCGUGAACAUCUAGGGCCUAUGGUAUUCAACCAUCAGCCCUCGUGUCGGGAUCACGUGGAACGUCGAGAACUCACUCCUCGAAACGCAGCGCGACAGCAUACGUGAUAUGCACGUACAGCGCUAGCAACAACCCCGCCGGCCGCUCAUACCUGCGGCACGCCUCUGAUCAAUCACAACUGCGGAUCGACCCGGCUCACGCACCACAGUGCUGCGCCCACAAAACACAGCGUGGCCCCGACAUACAUCGGAUUGUCGAGGACAUUGUACGGGAAGCCGGUCACGCGCUUGGUCUGCAGGAUCCCGAAAUAAUCACCGCAGAAUGUGCCGUAGAAGCCCAGGCGCAGGUACGAGGCGCCCACGAGCGCGUUGCCGAGCACAAAGAGACACCAGGCGAGCAGGGUCUGGACUGCGUAUGGGAGAGGGUACCGGGGCUGGUCGUGGACGGCGAUCCGAUACCUGCGAUAUGCUCAACAAAAUCUGAAGAAUGGGAUCCAGAGCAGCGUAGCAUAGUAACCGUACAGGACGUCCCGCAAUAAGCCCGCCACGAAAAUCGAGAUGCCGAGUACGGUGCUCGAGAUGCGUGCUCCGAAUCGUCUACUCAGUGUUCGAUUCUUGUAUUCUAUUUUUUUU